AUGAUAACCCUCCUUGCUUUUCUUCUGGUCUUGGGCCUGCCACGGGUGGAGAGCAAUGUCACCGUGCCGAGCAACGCCACCACGCUGGCAAGUCAAGGGUCUACCCUGAGGUGUCACGUUUGUGAGCGGGAGAACAAUCUCGAAUGCCAAGCUCCAGAGAACUGUGACACGGGCUCUACCUACUGUAUUUCUGCUGCCGUGAGAAUAUUUCCACGGUACUUCCUUAAUUCUAAGCAGUGUGCAGUGAACUGUGGGUUGUAUGAGACACUUUCACGGAUGGCCAGGUCAUUUGUGCUCAUAAAGCCCACACCCUUUCUGUUCCUGGCGUGCUGUACAUCCAACCUGUGCAACGUCCAGAAACCGGUCAUCAAAGAAAACACAGAAGAUGCUUACUUGAAUCCCGGCACGGGGCAGGGCAGGGGCAGGGGCAGGGGCAGAAGCGCCGGGCUGAUGCCUUUCCUGACACUGGCCUCUGCGCUCCUGGGCCUCAGGCUGCCGUGA